AUUUGUCGAAAGGAGCUGAACUGAGAGGCAAGUUGUAACUAAUUGACGUUGUUGUGACUGCGGUGUUCAGGAGAGAAACCUGCAAUGACUGGGCACUGACUGUAAGCAGCCUCUGUCUGUCUCAUCCAGUUCUGACGAAGAACACACAGGGAGAAACUGCUUCCCCUGGCAGGAGGGUUGGCUGAACACCAGGUGAAGGGCCGAGUGAGAGGAAUAAAAGUUGAAGCGUUCGGGAGACGGGAACAUGAAUGAUUCCACCUCUGGCCCUCCGAGCAAAGGCUGCACAUACCAAGAGAAGUUCAAGAACAUUCUACUGCCUGUCACGUACACGGUGGUGCUGGUCCUUGGCCUGAUCCUAAACCUGACAGUCAUCAUUCAGAUCCGGCUCUCCCCGAAGCCUCUGACCAGGAAUGCCAUUUACAUGGUCAACUUGGCCAUGGCGGACAUCCUGUACGUCUGCUCCCUGCCGCUCCUGAUCUACAACUACAUUCACAUGGACUACUGGCCCUUCGGUGAGAUGCUGUGCAAGGCCACCCGCUUCCUCUUCUACGCCAACCUUCAUGGGAGCAUUCUCUUCCUCACCUGCAUCAGCUUGCAACGGUACAUUGGCAUCUGCCACCCGCUGAGUACCUGGCACAAGAAACGGGGCCCCAAGUUUGCAUGGGCAGUCUGCGGCCUGGUUUGGACCUUUGUGUUGGCAGAGUGUGCUCCCAUCUGGAAAUUUGCUUCCACCGGGAUCCAGCGCAACAGGACCGUGUGUUACGACCUGAGCAGCCCUGAACAGUCCCUUUAUUACUUCCCGUACGGCAUCGCCCUGACGGUGGUGGGCUUUGCCUUCCCAUUUGCUGGACUGUUGGCGUGCUACUGCGCCAUGGCGAUGGAGCUGUCUAAACCUAACCAGGCACUGGGCCACGCCAUCCAGCGCAAAAAGAGCAAGGCCCUACGGAUGAUUGUCAUCGUGGCCGUGGUCUUUAUCAUUAGCUUCUUGCCCUUCCACCUGACCAAGACUGCCUAUCUCAUCGUCCGCGCUCAGAGCUCCAUUGCCUGCUUAACGCUUCAAGGCUUCGCCCGGGCCUACAAGGCCACGAGACCCCUGGCGAGCAUGAACAGCGUCAUGGACCCCAUCCUCUUCUACUUCACCCACGAGAAGCUGAGGCAGAGCACGCGAUUGCUGCUGCAGAGGGUCAACACCAACCUGAAGGCGAGGGUAUGCAGGAGUGUCGAGACCUGACCUUGCUCACCUUCACCCAGCUACGUCAGCCAGCUUGGGUGGAGGCUUGCACAGGGUAGUCUGAAUGCACUGGACCAAGUGAUGGCCUCCCACCUGACUGCAUGGCAUGAUUCAGGGGGAUGGGGUGGGGUUGACAUGGACGGCGGGUGGCCUGCAUGAGCCGUGUUUGUGAAUCUGGAGAACAAGCAACAUCUGACACAGCGUGUCAGCACCCGAGGCUGGAAUGCUGGAGUUAGAGUGAUGGCCAAGGAUAAGCAACUGCAUUGAUAAUGCACUGACGCACAUGCUUUAACCCAACCAAAAUUGCAUCCCUCAUUUCCAAAAAACUAAAAUACAAAGACUGCUUUAACAAGGGGGGAUUGCAAGUAUUUGAUUGCAAGAAUUGAUUCAUUUCUAAGCAUGGACUUCGGAGUUCAGAGUCAUCCCAAUUCUGAGCCUUUUGAUUUUUGGGUAUCUUUGACAGUGUUGCCAAUCUUUCAUCUCUUCACUUAAAGUAUGGUAACUUCUUGGGUUACGUAUCAGAGAUAUCACCACUGUUUACUAUCUCCAUCACUUUAGACUCUACCUCAGCUCAUCUGCUACUGAAACCUGAGAUCAUGCAUUUGCUGCAUUUGGACUUGACCAUUUCAGUGCACUCCUGGUUGGUCUCAUAGACUCUACCCUCUGUAACCCGGAGACCAUCCAAACCUCUACCUGAGUCCUAAGUCACAGCAAUUCCCUUUCCCCUGUCCUCCUUACAUGUGCCAACUGACAUUGACUUGAAGUCAAUGAACAUUUUGAUUUUGAAAUUCUUGUUUUCAGGCCUCUCUGUAGUCUCACUCAGUUUCAUAUCCGUCUGGGUACUCUGUGUAGUUCUGAUCACUGCACUAUAGUAGGAUGUGAUUGCACUGGAGGGUUUGCAGAAGAUAUUCACCAAGAUGCAGCCUGCGAUGGAGCAUUUAACCUGGGAUGAGAAAGACUCAAUAAGCUUGGGAUGUUUUCUUUGGAAGAGGAGUUUGAGGGGCAUCCUGAUUGAGGUGUGUAAGAUUAUGAGGGGCAUGGACAGGGCAGAUGAGAAGCAAUAAAGCAAAACUUGCUGGAGGAACUCAGCAGGUCUUGCAGCACCUGUAAAGACAGAAAGCAGAAUUAACGUUUCGAAUCUGGUGCCCCUUCUUCAGAACUGUUGGUACAGAAAGCAACUGCUCCCUUUAGUUGAAAGAUCGAUAAAUAAUUUUGUGGCGAAGGGCAAGAGGUUUAGAGGGUAUUUGAGGAAAUGUUUCCUCAUCCAGAGGGUGGUGGGCAUCAGGAAUGCACUACCUGGGAGGGUAGCUGGGGACAGUAACCACAGAGCUUUUAAAAAAGUGCAUGGAUGAGCACUUGAAAUGCCAUAAGUGUGGGAAAGUGAGACCAGUAAUAGGUUGAAUGUUGCUUUGUUAGUGCAGACUCGUAUGAUUCUAUGUUCUCUGCACUCCUCCAGUUCUGCCCUUUUAAAGCAUCCCUGAUUUUAAUCACUCUAUCAUGAAGGAUCAGAGCCUCAGUUGCUUAGGUCCCAAGCUCUGUCAGUUCCACCACCAAUCUACUGCUUGUCAGCCUCCCUUUUUAUCCUUGUAACCGUGAUGUGGAGGUGCUGGUGUUGGACUGGGCUGGACAAAUUCUGAAGUCACAUGAACCCAUGUUAUAAUCCAACAGGUUUAUUUGAAAUCACAAGCUUUCGGAGCACUGCCCCUUCAUGAGGUGAAGAUGUCAUCUGAUGAAGCAGCGGUGCUUUGAAAACCUGUGAUUUCAAAUAAACAUGUUGGACUAUAACCUGGAGUCAUGUGAUUUUGAACUUUAUUCUUGUAAAACACUGCUAUAAGAUUCCAACUCCUUUAAGCUAACCUUGAAUCACCUGACCUAACAUCUCCUACAGUAGCUCUGUGUUAUAUUUGGCAAACAAACACUCCUGUGAAACUAUUUGGGAUCUUUUCAUUGCGUUAAAGUUACCAGAUUAAUAUAAUUUGUUGGAAAAUUUACAGAUACUUUAAAUAUCAAUGUGAAUUCAGCUGCCAAGUUUGCAGAUGCC